CAUAUAUUCUUCCUGCAACAUACGGAGUAUGCGAUGGCCUCACUUUUCCAAAAGCGCCUGCGCUGCUUCUACUGUGGCCAGCGCUCUGGCGAGAAAAAGUCGGCCACCGUACGCAACUGGCGAUGCGAUCAGUGCGAGGCGGUGAACUACUUGGAUGAGAACGGAGAGAUAACGGACCCCCCGACAUCCGUGACGGAUGCCCCUGAUGUGUCAAUGAAUGCAGCGCAAUCAUCGUCGCAAUUAUCUGCUUUCGAUCAAACGGAACUCUUCUGCAGCAAAUGUAUUAGGAAUCAGCAAAUACUCAUAAAUAUCCUUGGCUCCUACCUCCCGGAUAUAGACGAUCCUCGGUACCCAGCUUUUGAGAAGGAAUACCCCAGGUAUCGCAGGAAUAUGGAGGAGCGGUACCCUCAGGCGUGUGAAAAUUGCGAGCAGAAGGUCAACGAGCGCCUUCGCGAAACCGGGUACGAAGCGAAAGCCGACCACUUGAGAAGAAUCAUGGAUCGCAGCAAGAGAAGUCGAGCCUCACGGAGAGCUCGCAACAGAAAUUGGAGACAUAUUGUUGAUAUAGCUGGCCUUUUGGGUUAUUGGAUUAGUAUUGUUGUCCAAUUGGUUUCCAACGUUAUGGGAGCGCUUGAGGGUAGUGAUGCCGUGAUCCAUCGAACCCCCUCGCCUCUCCUUGUGGCUUUCAUGUCGCAUAGAAGCCGAAUAUUGUCUUGGAUCGGUUGUUCCUCGCAGGACCUUGCCAGCUUUGGGUUGAUCCCUGGUUUACUUACAAUCUGGUGGAACCCAAGGUUACAUUACAAAGUCGAAGGCUUCAAUGGACGAAUUCUGGGUCUUAACCAGUAUUACCAAUGCCAGCUAAUUGUCAUGGCCACCCGAUUCGGGCUCUGGGCUCUAUUAAAAGACACAGACAACUUUGAACCUAAUCUGCCGCCGACCCUUCAUGCAUUCAUGAUUUUUUUUAUGAUUCUGACAACUAUUGCAUCACGGCGAAUUAUUAAGUACGAUAUUCGGCCGCUGGUAGAAUGGUCAAACACCGAGUCUUCAGCUUCUCAAGAACCACAAGUUCGUAACGGCCAAACAAAAAGUUUCACCACGCAGCAGCCGGUCUAUCGCUUUCCAAUAGAAAAGUUGGGCACACCGCGAGAGACUCCCCGUCAAAAUACGACACAGCUGAUUGCACCUGAUCCGGGAAUAGAAGAUUCAAUGGACUGGACACCAUCGCGACCUCAGGAAAUACACCCCAGGUUUGUUAAUGUCGUUCAGCAAAACGUACAGCCACCUAGGGAAGAGAAGUCGCCAUUCUAUGGCUCUCUUCCCCAGGCACCGCGGCCCCCUGCGUGGCAGCUUCGGAACCCAAUAACUCAGAAACCGGUAGAGAAAGGUCCUGAACCAAACCCAUUCCAUCAAUCAGAAACAGACCCGGAGAAUAUUGCAAGAAACGACCCUUUUAGGACUACUUCACCAACGUCCGAUGUUCAUUUUGCCCCACCGAAGUUCUUUCCUCCCUCCGAUUAUACUGCUUUGACCGGACUCGAAAAUAUAUUCCACCAGGCCUUCACAAUCAAAUCGCCAGAAGAGGACGUGAAUGAAAAUGCAGUUUUGAAGUCAACCCCGAGAGUUAUUCUUUCAAAGCACUCUCGAUGGAGAUACAUAUACGCAUCAAUUCGAUUUGGUUCCCUCUCAAUAUGUCCAGUCAUGUGGAUGAUCGAUAAGCUUGAGCUAACUGAAAUUCCGCGUGACUUCAUGCUGAUUGCUGCUCUGAUAAUUAACAUCUUGUUUACAGGAUUCGGAUUUUUGGCAUCUUUGAACAAGCCAACCUUGCAUGCCCGGAGUGUACUUUAUUCGUUGAUAAAGUUUAUUGGGGCUAUUUUUCUCUGCGUUUAUUUGAGCUAUCACUUUUCAAAAGACAGCCUUUUAAAUCAUGAUGGAAAUCUUGAAAUCUGUGUUAAGGGAUUGUCAGCGCUUUUAGCUGUGGAGGAAUCGCUUGGCUUGCUUGCUAUCUAUCAUCGAAGCCAUCUGCUAAAGCACAGUGUUGAACCGCAGACAGGGACUCCAACCCAGCCUGCAACACAGCUUGCAACCCAACCCUCGGCUCAACCUUUGGUACUGCAUGCCCACGAAGAGCCGAUGCUGUUGAACCGACUGGUGCCUACACCGACUGUACCAUCUUCGCAACGAUCCUUCUACCCAAUACAUCCGUAUUCUCGUUAUGAAACUCAAAAUCAGAAUUACGGGGUUUCUCGCAAGGAUACGCGUUACGACCCUAUUCGAGAUGAUGGCUCAGAUGUUUCAGAAGUUUCCGCUGUCGAUUCUGAUGCCGAAACUACCACUACUACAUCUUACAUAAAUACGACAAUCCGUAACAUGAACCCAUUCAGCGACCGCAGCGACGAUUUCACCCCCUUGCGUACCCAAGGACUAGGCUCUGGAUUACAAGGUCUUAGUCUCGAUGACGGUCCCCAACGGAUGACUCGUAGUCGGGCUGCACGAGCAAUGGGAACGACAACAACUGGGGCAGACACUAGUCGAAGAUACCAAGCACGAAGAGUGAGGUGAGGAGGCGAUUCUAACGACAUAAUUUUAUCCGCAUUGAAUUACAACGUCAGUUUAUGAUAUUUACAAAGCAAUUAGUGCAAGCAUUUGAUAUGGCGUUGAUGACAUGGGAAGGCGCACAUAAUUUGUUGCCUACUUGGGAACUCUGUUUAGAAACGAGGUUCCAGGGUGCACGAUUUCCCCAACUUUUGUACAUAGUGCAUGAAUGCAAAUGAUACCUGUCGGCACAGUAGCUUAAAUAGACUUGCUGAGGCUCUGAGAGAAACCUUAACUCGUUUUCCGGGGGG